AUGUUCAACAUAUUCCGUAUUCUGGGCGAUUUGUCGCAUUUGGCAAGCACCGUUAUUCUGCUGAGGACCGUUAUGAAGACUCGACAGGUGGACGGAAUCUCGUUGAAAACACAACUGCUGUACGUUCUGGUGUUCUGCACACGAUACCUGGACCUGCUGACGUUCCGUUGGAAAUCCAUUUACAACACGAUCAUGAAAAUGGUGUUCAUCGGUGCGUCCGUGAAAGUCAUCCAAUUGAUCCAGGAAUGCAAAACUAGAAAUCCGGUGGCCUAUAAGGACAUGAUGGCCCGCGACACAUUCCAAAUCAAGUAUCUUCUGUUGCCCUGCGCGGUGAUGGCGCUGGUUUUCAACUACCAUUUCACGUUCUUGGAAGUGCUAUGGAGUUUUUCGCUGUGGCUCGAAAGCGUGGCGAUUUUGCCGCAGCUGUUUAUGCUGUCGCGCUCUGGCAAAGCCGGCACGCUGACAACGCAUUACAUUUUCGCUCUGGGUCUUUACCGCGCGUUGUACAUUCCCAACUGGAUUUGGCGCUACUACUCAGAAGGACGACUUGAAAAACUAUCGGUGUUCACGGGUCUGCUGCAAACUGCGUUGUACUCGGAUUUUUUCUACAUUUACUACAAGAAAGUGAUCAAGGGAGGGGGUUUCGAGCUGCCUCAUUGA